UGACAACGGAAGUGUGAGCGGAAACAGCGCACGUGUUUUCUUGUAGGUUUUUGAAGGUUACAGAAGCACCGGUUUCUUGUCGGCUGUCCGUUGCAGAGGGUCACCGGGACGGCGUGUUUGUGGCUAAAGCCGAGCGGGAGCAGGACUAAAGCGUCGACAUGGAUCCCAUGAAGGCACAGCAGCUGGCGGCGGAGCUGGAGGUGGAAAUGAUGGCCGACAUGUACAACCGAAUGACCAACGCCUGCCACAGGAAGUGCGUACCGCCACAUUACAAAGAGGCUGAGCUGACAAAGGGGGAGUCGGUGUGCCUGGACCGCUGCGUGGCCAAAUACCUGGACCUUCACGAGAGGCUGGGGCGCAAGUUGACGGAGCUCUCCGUCCAGGACGAGGAGAUGAUGAGGAAGGCAGCCGCGGGGAGCGGAUAGAGACGCUGACGAAAGGAACCAAGUAGAGCAUUGUGGGGGGGGGGGACUAAAACGAUUAUGGGAUGGGGUUGGCAUAUCUGGUUUCUCAAAGAUGAGAAAAUCAGUGGGUGGGUUGUUGGGGAAAUCAAAGAAAGUGUUUUAAAAAAAAACAACAAUAAUGCUGUUGAGGGUCCACUGUGAGAAACUGCCUCCUCUACUUCAGUGGAGGAUGAGACAUUGGAUGGGGCUGGAGGAAUCGCUGGAGAACCUGCUGGUGGGGGGCGACAACACGAGGACUUCUUGAAACCGCUCACCGCUCCACCAGCUUCUCUGGGUGUGUCAGAGUAGGUUUACAUGCAGCUCAGCCUGGUCCUCAAGAAGUCACCUGGAAACUGAAUGGAAAGGAGAAAAGACAUGUGAUGUAAUAUUAUUUCUAAGUCAUGCUUUGUGCUUGUUUUUAGCUGCUUGGAGUGCUUAUGGGUGCUGCCUCUACUGCAGCAACUCCAAUACUUUGUUGAAGCUUUGUGGCACCAACUGUGUGGUACUUGUGGCAGGUUAAAACAAACACUAAGAAUGAUUAGCAUUUAGUCUUAAUCACCCAUUCAACUCUGGUGAUUUGGUUGUUUUAUUUUGAAAGGGGGUGAAAGAAAAGCAUGGGCUCUCUUCAUAAGGUUGCAACACAACCUGGUAUUUAGGUAGCUAUAUUACAAUUACAAGCUGUCUGUUAUGCAGAUGGGGUAGUGUCAGUUCUGUACAAAACAUUGAAAUACAGUAAGUCAAAUACAUAGGUCAGGGCACGCCCUGAAUGAAUUAUGUAUGGCAGUAUGGUUUGUCUUUUUAUACAAGACACUAUGCACAGUUUACUCUCUUAUCAGCCCUGGCCGGUGCAGUGUUAACAACUCUGAUACUGACUGCCAGCCAGGCCGUUCUGGCUACAUGGACUUGUGUUGAAGAUGGACUGGAGUCAUUUGUCAUGCUUGUUUACACUGUGUUGUGCUGUAUGUCAGUGGACCAUGUUUUUGACUGUGAUAGUUUUUUUAAAUUUUUUUUUCCUUCCCCCGUGCUAAACCACUGUGUCAGCAACUCCGCUUUUUAAUCUGCAUAUUGGAGAAGCUGCGCAGUGUUUUGCUGUUACGUACUCUAAUAAAGCAAUGUCAUCCUUUCCACUUCA